CUAUCUGAAUGGCCAGAUGGUCCUUAUGAGUGGCAGGUCAAGGCCACUGCAAACAUUCUAGAUGGCCAUAAUCAGCUUAUAAUUGCAGGAUAUGGUAAUGGAAAAACUGCCGUCACCUAUCUGCACCUCCUCUUUGUUCAAGAGCUCUUUAAUAAUCCAGACAUCCCUUGCUCUGGCUGCAAACUUGUUCAACAUGGUAUUGCACUCAUAAUUAGCCCCUUGGCUGACCUAGCCCACAGUCAGGUGAAAGAAAUGCUUACAAUGGGCAUCCACGCCGUGUCGCUAGACAAGCAGAGCAUCAAAGCAGCUCAGGUGAAAGGACGAAACCUUCUCAGGGAGGUUGCACAGUAUAAGCAUCCUGUGGUCAUCAUCUCCCCUGAACGGUUAUAUUCCCCAGAAUUUGAUAGAAUCUUGCAAACCGACAAGAUUCAAGAACAAUUAGCUCUGUGUUGCAUUGAUGAAGUGCAUGUUGUACUUCCUUGGAGCUGUACAUUUUGUGAGGCCUAUGCACAGCUAGGUCAUAUCCGUGCUUGA